AUGGGUAGUUGUGGGAGCAAGUGCACAAGUGAGGGAUAUAAAGUAGAAGUUAGAGGGUUGAGAGAGAAGGUAAGGCUUCUUCAAGAGGAAAUACAGGGAAUUAUGAUUGAGAGGGAGAUAGAGGACAGAAAAUAUGAGGGGAAUAUGGUGGUAUUUGCAUUCAAAGAAGCAGAGUGGAAGCAAGAGAAGAAGAGACUGAAAGAUGAAAUCAAGGGAAUGAAGAAGGUUUUGGAAGAGAAAGAAGACAAGAUUAGAGAAAUUGAAGAUGAUGAUCGAUGCCAAUGGCAAUUGCAAUUGGAGCAGAUGAGGGAGGAGAGAGCGUGGCGCGACGAGGCCGUCGAGAAGUGGAAGCAACUCUACCUUGCAAUCAAAACAGAGCUGGAUGAUCUCAUUCAGAGGACUCACAUUCAUCAUGGGGAGGGAUUGCACUGGAGAGGAGAGGAAGAAGAGAUGAAGAUAGAGUUGAAGGCAAAAGAAGCUGCCAUGGAAGCACUGAAAGCUCGAUUAGCAUCAAUGGAGCAAGAAGAGUACAAGAGGGCGCGAGAGGUGGAUAUAUUAAGGCAAAGUUUAAGAAUUGUGAUUCACAACAAGAUAUCACAGCAAAAUAUAUAGUAUACAAGUUAAUCACUACUCACCAAAAAGGAAAAAUGAGAAGUUGCACACCAUAUGUAUGGAGCUUUUGUUGGUGGCCUCUCUCAUCUGUCUCUAUUGGAAAUUGAAGAAAGGCUCCUUAGCCAAAGUCUGAGCGAUACAGCCAUAGUCUUACAUUACCAAAGAUAUACAGGUUGAGGAAUUUGUGCUUGCUGGAUAUUAAAUAACAUUACUUGCACUUUUAGCCUCCACAUUCUACACUGACAUGUUUUAUCUUUUAUGUACUGCUUCUCCAGGGAUUGGGGUUAGUUUGAUAGUUGCAUCUUUGAUUCUUGUACAUGGGUUUUCCGCUAUAGGCCAUUUCCUGAGAUACCCUGUUGUUUUCUCUUUUUUGUCAAUAUAUUGUGCUGCUUAUAAAAAAAAAUCACCAGUCACCAAUUAC